CAAGAUGGCUGACCCUCUGUAAAGUUGUUCGCAGAGUUUUGCAAGUCUUUUUCUCCUUCAAUUUAGCAUUAUUCUCGAAAAUGGCACGACAGAGGAAAGGAAAACACAGUUUCGAUUCUUCAAGAGAUCAUGUAGAUAGGACUAAAUUUCCUCGGCGCCGGGUGAAGGAAUCUUCUUUCAAACCAAUUCUAGUGCUGGCAGCUGUUUUUGGUCUUCCAUUGUUUUUGUUUGGAGCCUAUAAACUUUGGAAUUACAAAUUGUCCACACGUCUUUUCACGCCACUCGAUGCGCCGUUAGUUAUAAACAAGAGUGAAAUGGAAAUGAGUCGCUUCUGGGGAACAUAUCGAUCUAACCUCUACUUUGGGCUGCGAACAAGGAGUCCUAAGUCCCUCAUGACAGGUUUAAUGUGGUUCCCUCAGCUUUCACCUGAUGGUCAAGUAACCAUUCGUCACACUUGUGAACAGUCUGACGGGCUUCCCAAGUAUGGUUGGCUUAAACACGAUGGCACCAACUUUGGUUCUCAGCAAAUAGUUGACAAAGAUUUUGAGUUGAAUACAGACUUUGUGAAAAGGUUGGGUGGAGAUCAUGGUGGAGACUGGACUGCAAGAAUUUCAGGAAAGAGAACGGGAAACCCCAGGCAGAUGGUUUCGUUACUUUUCUAUGUCACUAACGAAGGAGAAGCCCAACUGCAGCCAGUUGUCCACAAGAACACACUUACAGCGCUGCGCGGUUACACGCCUGAACUCGGUUCCUUUAAGCUAUAUUUUCCACGCCCCUCUAAAGUCUUGUUGUCGUCGUUCUUAAUUACACACACGCCGCACGUGCAUUCGGUCAAGGAAAUAGUGAUGCAGAACAUGCGUGGGGAAAAAAUGAAAGAUGGCAAGAAUAUGCAGCUGCUUGCCUUAGCAGGUCACGUGGCUAAACGUGACCAGAAUGGGCGUGAGUUACCAGUGAACCUAUUUGUCCAGCAAUGGAUUCUCGAACUUCCUUUCGACGUGGAGUUUGUGUUCGAGUCUGAAAGUUCCUCAACCAGGGAGAAAAGCCUGAUAGGGGCUGCUUUCACGAAUCUUAGAGAUAAAUACAGCGCCGAAUUUGACAAAAAAUUUGAAGAAAAGUUUUCGUUGAAGGCUAAAGGGUUUAAUGACGAUGAGGUUAAAUUUGCGCAGGCCGGGCUAAGUAACAUGAUUGGAGGCAUUGGUUAUUUCUAUGGAAGCUCAAAAGUGAUUUCUCGGUUCUUUAAGGAACCGAAAGAUUACUGGGAAAGCGCUUUGUACACCGCAGUUCCGUCGCGUCCUUUCUUUCCACGAGGUUUCCUCUGGGAUGAAGGCUUCCACCAACUACUAAUCAGUCAGUGGGACUCGGAUAUAAGCAAAGAUAUCAUCGGCCAUUGGCUGGAUUUGAUCAACAUUGAAGGUUGGAUUCCUAGGGAGCAGAUUCUCGGCGACGAAGCCCGAACGAAAGUACCUUCAGAUUUCGUCGUACAGCACAACGAAAACGCAAACCCACCCACUUUGAUCCUGCCUAUCAAAUCGAUGGUGGAUAAGGGCGUGUUGGAUGAAGAAUACUUGCGGAAGAUUUUUCCUCGCCUGAAGGCGUGGUUUAAUUGGUUCAACACUACACAGUUAGGAAAUCAACCAUCUACAUACAGGUGGCACGGGAGGGAUGCUAAGACAGACAGAGAGUUGAAUCCUAAGACGCUUACCUCCGGGUUGGAUGAUUAUCCCCGUGCGUCGCACCCGUCAGACGAUGAAAGGCACGUUGAUCUACGUUGCUGGAUGGCAUUUGCUGCUGGACUGAUGGCUGACAUCGCUGAGGCUGUGGGUGAGAAGUCAGAUGCCGGCUUGUACAAAUCAACGAGCCAGUAUCUGUCGGACAACAGGCUGUUGGACGAGUAUCAUUGGUCUUCAAAGGCGGAGACGUAUAGCGAUUUUGGCAAUCAUACCAAGUUUGUGAAGCUUGUUCAGCGUGUUAUGUAUCCGAAUCAACCCGGUUCGCCCAAAAAGACUGUUCGCAUCGUUACAUCAAAGCAGGGUCCUUCUCUUAGGUACGUGAACGCAGUUGGUUACGUCAGCUUGUUUCCAUUUCUGCUUCAGAUCCUAGAUCCCACUUCACCCAAACUUGAAAAAGUUCUCACUCAGUUAAGAGACCCAGAGAAGCUGUGGGGUAAGUACGGUAUACGGUCCUUGUCCAAGAGCGACCCCGUCUACAAGAAGCACAACACUAAACACGAUGCUCCUUACUGGAGAGGAGCCAUAUGGAUCAACAUCAACUUCCUGGCCGUGAGGGCCUUGAACCACUACGCUAGCAUCCCGGGGCCUUACCAGGGCACAGCUAAAGCAAUUUACACAGAUUUACGACAAAAUCUAAUCAAAAAUAUGUUCAGGGAGUACGAGAGGUCAGGGUUCAUAUGGGAACAGUACGACGACGGGACAGGUCAUGGGAAGGGGUCUCAUCCUUUCACAGGGUGGUCCUCUCUCGUGGUGCUCAUGAUGUCAGAACAUUUUUAAAAAUUUAGCACAGGUUUUUAAAAUUUAUUAGAACAAAAUAAUAUUGACUAUUGAUUGUGACUCAAAAGAACACUCUAAAAGAGAUUUUAUCGUAGUUCGUUCAAGGGCGCCUUUGAUUGGGUGUCGUAAACCCUAAACUUAAGUAAUCACAAGUUAGGUCGAAGAAAAGGAACAAUAUGUGCAUCUACCGUAAACGCUCUAAUAAACUUUCUCCUUUGUUGUCCAUCUUUCAUAAUAAGACUCCUCCUCCCUAAUAAUGUCUCUCCUUAAUAAGUCCCUCUCCAACAGGCCUCUCCCCUCCCCAAUUGGCCCCUAUUUUCCUUGUCUUCCCCCCUCCCCAAUAAAGUACUCAAAACAAGUGGUGUAACAAUCAUUCGUUCGGGAAAGAUAGUUUUACAGAUUAAAAUAUACUCGUAUUUGAAAGUCUAAAUUAGUUUCCUAACUCUGGGCGACAAUUCAGAAGUAUGAAAACGGCUCACAUGUUGUUCCUCAGUGAGACAGAACUGUGGUGACAGUAAUAGCUACAAAGUAGACGAAUAUUUACACAAUUCCAACCAUGCCGUUUCUCUUUACUCGUGCUUAGUAAGUAAUAUGAAAAAUUCAAUCUUUCAUCAUCGCUGGAUCCCGUCCAAAAAGAAUGAACUGAUUUUCACCGUUUAAAUUUGGAAGAAUAAAAAUCUGUGAAUUUCGUGAACUGCUUCUCGCUUUUUUAAGCUUGGAAGAGUAAAAAUGGGUAACUUUCGUGAACCCCAGUCCUUUCCUUGUAACUGAAGAUCAGUAUGAAAAAAAAUAUCACUGAUUUAGUUGAGUGGUAUGGCCUCCUAACCGUAAGUCUCGAGAUCAGACUGAUACUUCUCUCUUCAAGCUGUCAAACAGUUGCUUGUAAAUUUCUUUAGAGCGUUAAAAUAGAG